UCCCCAACUCCGCCUCGCCGCCGAAAAAUCUUCAGAGGCACAAAAAUAUUAAUAAUAAACAACGGCAGGCCCAAGAAGUCUGGAAGACAGGGAAAGAGCACAGAGCCAGACUCAGCGUGACAAUGGCCGCCACGUUCCAUCUUGCGAGUCUCGCCACUGUAGCUCUCUCUGCUCCUCGAACUGGCACCCUCUAUAUUUCUUCUUCUUCAUCUUGCUUUUCCCACCGUUCUUUUCAUUUGAGCAAUCGCCGUAAUACAAUCACCAAAAGCAGCAAGAGUUUCAGCUUCAGUGUUGCGCGGAGGUACAAGCCUAUUUUGGUUCGAGGUUUGGCGUCUUCGUUUGGAUCUCGUUUGGAGGAGAGCGUGAAGAAGACAGUGGCGGAGAAUACGGUUGUGGUUUACUCGAAAACGUGGUGUUCGUAUUCGUCUGAGGUGAAAUCGCUGUUCAGAAGACUUGGCGUGGAGCCAGUGGUUUUUGAAUUGGAUGAAAUGGGUCCCCAAGGGCCACAACUGCAGAAGGUGCUGGAAAGGCUCACUGGACAACAUACCGUCCCUAAUGUUUUUAUAGGUGGUAAACACAUUGGCGGUUGUACAGAUACUCUGAAGCUUUAUCGAAAGGGUGAACUUGAACCUUUGCUAUCAGAAACCAGUGCCAAAAAUACACAGAGCUAGCCCCCCUGAUGCACAUCACUUGAGAAUAUAAUUUCCUCAUCAAACAAUUUGGGACUCCAUAACAAAAUAUUCCAUAUGUGCAAGAUUUGUUUUUAUUGACAUCAACUUUUCACGUUCAAGUUCACUUCAUGCACCUCUUGUUCUAUAUUGUAUAUUGAGGACAUGGAAGUUUCUGUACAUAAUUGUGUGUCCCUGUUGCUAAGUAUAUCAACACCAGAAUAUUUGAAGUUGGCAGUGGGAAGCUUUUAUGCAGUUGAAACUGUUUGGCUUCAUUUAUCAA